AUGGCUGGGAAGAAGGACGCUGCCACGGAGGACGGGUGCGCCUUGCAUCACGGCUCCCACGAAAGCGGCGGCAGCCCCGCGCAGCCGCACGGCUGGGAGCAGCGGGACAGGCCGAAGGCCACGGAGGCGAAUCCAAUACCAAGCGUCGAGGGCGAGGAGCAAGACGCGGCGCGGCUAAAGGAUCCCGUGGAACUUGAAAAGGAACGAAUGUAUGAACUCCAUCAGAAGUGGCUGCAUGAGCGCAGCGAGGGACUGGCGACUGGUCGCAGCCAGACUCUCUCCUCCAGCCGCGUGAAACGCUCCCCGGACGCGCCCACCCAACUGAGUAAUUCUGCCACAGACAUCGCAUCUAAUUUGCGCUUCCGCAGCAUCAUCUCCUCCGCCCGCUUCUCCGCUGUGCGGCGCGGCAGCAGUUCCGUCUUCACCACAUGCUCGCAGCCCUUGACGGUGGAGGAGCGAGCUGCCAUGGUGCGUAUGAUGGAGCGCGAGGAACGCCGCCAGUCCGCUCUCCAGCGCGCGGCGGACGAGGACGACAAGCGUGGGAAACUGCUGAUUGAUCAUGAGCUGCAAAAGGAGUCCGCCACGCUUCACCGCAUCGUGGAGCUUGAGAGGAAGAAGAUCAAUGCAAUCCGGGAGCAUCAGGAGAAGCAGCUGACUCGCAUGGAGCUGGCAAGAAGGCGGCGAGAGACGAUGGAGCGCGAACGGCAAGCGAAGUUGGAGGAGAUCCGACGACGCCGGGAAGCGCGUUUACUUCACAGCGACCCUUACGCGGGGUACGUUGCGCGGUCCAAGAGCCUGACCCCCAUCACGCCCACAGCCCCCCAGGGAAAAUGA